AUAGCAGUGAAAAUGGUUCAUCUACUAGUGACUUCAUUGUGCCUAGCGGCAUUAGUUUAUAGUGUCAAUUCAGUUGCGGUUAUUGGCUAUUACGCAAGCUGGCUGGCUUACCAAGGCAUCACGCCAGAAAUCCUCGAUGCCAGUUUACUCACUCACCUAAACUACGCUUUCAUUAGCAUGUGGGACAACGGAAAUCUCAAAGUGGCCGACGAUAAUUUGGAAAUAAGUCAAGGCCUCUUCUACAGAAUCACGGACCUCAAAAAACGGAAUCCCAACCUUAAGGUGCUUCUGAGUGUCGGCGGAGCCUCGGCUGGUACCGAGAUUUUUGCUAAUAUUGCCGCAGAUCCUCAAAAACGAGGCGCAUUCAUUGGCAGUGCCUCGUAUUUUAUUUCCACUUAUCAUUUUGAUGGUUUGGAUAUUGAUUGGGAAUAUCCUACAGCAGCGGAUAGGGCAAAUUAUAUCACCUUACUUAGAGAAACCAAGGCGGCCUUUCAACCAAAAGGCUGGCUAGUGACGGCGGCAGUGGCGGCUAACCCCAGCGACGGCUAUGACGUUGGACAAAUGAACAAUUACUUAGAUAUCAUCAAUUUGAUGACGUAUGAUUACUAUGGCCCUUGGAGCAGCUACACUGGUCAAAACUCGGCCCUUUUCGCUUCUUCAGUGGAAAGCGACUGGGAAAAGAGCAACAACAAUGUGGCAGCUUCGGCCCAAAACUGGCUGAACGCUGGAGCUCAAAGGAACAAAAUCGCAAUCGGAGUCGGGUUCUAUGGAAGAACUUUCAAAUUGGCUGAUCCGAAUCAACACGGACUUCACGCACCUAUUUCUGGAGUUGGUCCAGACGGUGGUGUACCCGAUUAUUCACUUAUUUGUUCAAACUACCAAAGUUGGACUCGAGUGUGGGAUGACCAGCAAAAAAACCCCUACAAGUACCAAAGCAAUAAUUGGGUCGGUUACGACGACAAGGAUUCGGUUUGGGCCAAGGGGUCAUGGACCAAAAGCCAGAACUUCUUCGGCGUCAUGGUGUGGCACAUUUCCGGCGACGACGUCAGAGGUACUUGUUCCGGAGAGACACAGCAACUGCUCAGGCAACUGAACAGAUCUAUACAAUGAUUGACUCGUAUUAAAUUUUCGACUUCCUAA